AUUCCUCUACACGUUUUCCUUGCUUUACCCUUUAGGUACAUCUGCGGUUGGAGAGUGCAAUGUACAUGAAAACAGCUAUUUAACCCAUCUUUUCCACUCUCCCAAAAGUUUGAAAAAAAAAAUUCUUCAUUUCAAAGAUGAAUCACAGAAAGGCUCAUUCACAAGGAAGCAUUCCCUUUUCAUGGGAGGACAAGCCUGGGAUCUGCAAGGUUAACACAGAGUGCCCUACUGAUAUAAGAGUAAGACUACAUGCCCUCAAACUAAAAUCAUCACAAUCACCACCUACUCCAUGUAUUUCAGAUAGUACCACUACUGCUAAGGUUUCGGCUCAAAACAUUAAGAUCCCUCUUCCACCAUGCCCACAACUACAACCUCCUCGCAGAAGCAAUUCUGUUAAGAGACACAGAUGGCAGGAAGACCCUUUUCUUGUGGCCUACAAGGAGUGCACCAAAAGUAUUGUGGAAAGUGGUAAGGCCCCUAGUGCAAGUAAGAAGGUUGUUGAGUCCAGACUAAGGAAGACUAAGUCCAUUUUUUCCUGCAAGAAUUCAUGUGAAGUUCAAGAAGAUAAUACACUGAAGUUCUCUAAGCUCCCUCCUCUUCCUACGGAGAAAUUUGGUGUGUCAAGGCAAGAGAGACAAGAAUUACAUAGAGCAUUACUUCAGGAACUCUAAUGUACUCUUUUUUGGUUAAAUAGGUAAAAUUAUCAGCUUGGGCGUUAAAUUUUACGUUUGAUUUUUUUUUUUUUUUUUUGAGAAAAAAAAAUGUUAGAUUUGAUUUAGUAUUACAUAUGUGAUUAUAAUGACAAGUGGGACGAAUGCUUUAUU